AUUCACUUGCAACAUCACAAAUCCGUUGUUUUGUUCCGACGUACUCCGAACAAUGUCAGAUCGUUCCCAGCUACAGCGGGAAGUUGAUGCAGCAUAUACCAUACAAACGAGGGCCGCGACGAAGGUGCGAAUGACAACAAUUCCGCAUGCUAGGAGCAGCCCAGCAGGAGCUUUCGGUGUUGGGGUCGUCACGUUUGCCCAUUAUGCGUGGCCACUCUUCCGACGACAAACACUCCCAUUCAAAGCAUUCCUGGUGUCCGAUCUACUAGUGUACCACUGACUCUCCCUUGCAGUCACCAUGGCUGGUCUGGUGAUU